GUGCUGGUUGUGAGGGAGGGUGCUCUCAGAGCAGUGUAAGGUAGUGCCUGGUAGUGUGUGUGCACUGAAGUCUGACUGAGGAGGUGGAGCCUCUGAUCUGGCCAGAGUAUGAGAUGGUGAGACUCUAGACACAGUCUAGCAUGGUCACAGGUGGUGGACCUCGAGAUAGCCACCAUAGAGAAACAACAACACACAAGAGAGAGUGACCAUCAUUACCAGAGUGCUGCAGUACUCAAGGUCUGUUAUUGCUAGGCAACCAUGUCUAAUUCUAAUCGCACGAGUCCAGAGGAACGAGAACGAAUCGUUGCAAAGCACGAUAUGGGUCGGGAGGAGGGUGCUGUGAUAGAGGACUAGGAGGACCCUGACCUCUCACUCUACACCACCACUGACAGAUAUGGCUUCAUGCAUAACACACCACUGUCAGGUGUUGAGCUCCCUGAGAAGUUGGUUCAAUUAGAGAGAGAGAGAGCAAUCAAGUGGGCCACCAUGGUCAGUCAGUGGGACAGAUACAACUACUCAUCAACACUGCACAGAAGGGUCAACAAAGGGAUCCCUAACUCAGUGCGUGGGUCAGUGUGGAGACAUGUGCUCGAUAUUGAGAACCUACGACAAGACGGUAUCUAUGAGGCUAUGAAGGAGUUGGGCAGACGCACAUCACCUGACCUACGACAGAUUGAUCUGGACGUGUUGAGGACGUUCAGGAACCACAUUAUGUACAGGGAACGGUAUGGGAUCAAGCAGCAGGCCUUGUUCCAUGUGCUGGUGGGCUACUCCAUGUACAAUCCUAGCCUGGGCUAUUGUCAGGGGAUGAGCAGUAUUGCAGCCGUGCUACUCAUGUAUCUCAAUGAGGAGGAUGCAUUCUGGGCUCUCGUGGCUUUAAUAGGGAACAAGAAGUACGCUAUGCAUGGUCUACUGAUACCAGGGCUGCCCAAACUGUUGGCCUAUUGUGACUAUCAUGCUGACAUGAGGAAGAGGCUGUUGCCCAAACUAGACGGGCUGCCCAAACUGUUGGCCUAUUGUGACUAUCAUGCUGACAUGAGGAAGAGGCUGUUGCCCAAACUAGACAGGCAUCUGAACAAGUAUCAUGUGAAUGCCUCAGAGUACAGUGCUGCUUGGUUUGUGAAGCUCUAUCUAGAUGCUCUUCCGUUCCAGUUGGUCCUGCGUAUAUGGGAUGCCCUAUUCUUCCAGGGAGAGAGUGUCCUCGCUGCCAUGUCCCUAGUGGUGCUCAAGAUGAACACUAGGCAGUUUCUUCGCGAGAGAGAGGAUGGUAUUCGUAUCUCUCUCCAGGAGCUAUCUCGUCAGUCCUUCAACGAAGAUGAGGUUAUCGCUGAGCUACAGAGUGUGACUGCCGACCUCAGCAAGUCUCGACAAGCCAUCCCACAAGUGGUGGAGCUGGUGGAACUGUCAGAGCUCAACAGACAAGCGUUGGAGAGAGCUGCUUUGAACUCUGCCUCUAGUGGAACUCAUGAUAGCUUAGUGGUGACUGGAGCUAGUCCUGAUUCUAGUGCAGAGUCGUGGGUGUGAGCCCACCCCCUCAAUCUUGUCUGUUUCUAUGGUUACACUGAUUGUUUGUAUGUCACCACACCAACUGUAUACAAGUGUGCCUCACUGU